AAGUUCGCACGAUCGAUUCGAGCACAACUCCAAGCUACGUAUAGCAUUAAGGAGGGCAGAGUAAAAGUCAGUCCACGCGUUGUGAAAGUUGGGUAUUUCACAGGUGGUGAAAGUGGGUAAAAACAGCUUGAGAAAAUUUUACAAAAAUAUAAAUCAGUCUUUUGCAGCAGUGUUUAAAAAAAAUUUCGGAAAGAAACAGAAAAUAAGUAAAUUAUUAUGGAGUCUGGUAACACGCUUGGCUACUCGUAUUACAUGCCUCAAGGUGGUAUUCCAAACAGGCUGAAAAAAAUGUUUGAUUUUAAUUGUUGUGAGCUUUUUGGAGUGUUUAACCGAUAUUUGGCCCCUGCGUAUCAUCAUGAUCGGUGUGAGAGAUCUGUAAAAAUGAAGCUUUACACUUUACACAAAAGAGAAUUCGUGAUCAUAAUUCUAGGAUUUUUUGUGGCAAUAGCUCUUGUCACUUUUAUUGGCCUUGUGGGUCCACCCAUCACAUGGGAAACAGAAAUUCAAGGAAUGACCUUAGUCAACGAAAGUGAAUUGGCUAAAGGUCCAUUCGGUUUGAAAUCUCCACUCCUUACAACUUACCAUCAACAAUUGUGGAUUAUUGCAGGAAUUGAGACUCAGAACCAAGACGAUGAAGCGUUCGAGAAGACUUUUGAGAUUUUCAUAGACUUAUUUGGCAUUGAGAACGGCAAGGUUGUAAAGAUAUUGAACCAUUCGACGAGGAGGUUUCGAAGGUUGGAAUGUCGUGGCGGGGGAGCGUGUGAACCUUUCACUGUUCUCCAUCUGACUUUCAUUGACUUUGCGAAAUAUUUUAUUGUUGUGAGGUUCUCAGAUUUAGAAAAUAUUAACCAGCGCUACCACAUAAAGAACGUUCGCUUCCAUUUUAAGACCUAUAGCCCGUCCUUCACCCAAUUAGAAAUGUCGUUCCGAUUCAUCUAUGCCGUUGCCUGUUUUUCAAUCACUUGCUGGUUCAUGUACUCACUACGACGCUUUAUCAUGACCGAUUGGUCCAUUGAGCAAAGAUGGAUUUCUGUGCUGCUUCCUCUACUCUUUCUCUAUAACAAUCCUGUAUUUCCUCUCAUGUUUCUUGUCAACUCGACGUUUACAUCCAUGAUGGACGCCUUGUUCCAAGUAACGUUUCUGUCAGGACUAUGCUUUUUUUGGCUCUCAACUUAUCAUGGAUUGCGGCAGGUUGAGAGGAGAAUGCUCACGUUUUAUUUACCAAAAGUGAUCUUGGUUGGGAGUCUUUGGUUAUCGGCCAUCAUUCUGGCUUCAUGGCAAAAGCUUAAUACAGCGAAAGACCCGACGUUCAGUUACAUUUUGGACACUGAUAAUUUUAACAAUUUGAAGAAUGUUUUUAUCGUGAGUGGAGUGAUUUACCUGGUUUACCUCCUAUUCUUAAUAUUGAAGGCUUACAGCGAGUUGAGAUCAAUGCCAUAUUUUGAUCUGCGGCUAAAAUUUCUCACGGGAUUACUACUGAUUGUAGUAAAAAUGAUCUUAACCAUCACGUAUUUGCGUUUUGGUAUGGAUAUAUUGGAGGAUCAUUUUGUUGCGGACCUUUCUACCAAAUACAAUUCGUCCGCAGAAUUUAUGGCAUUUUAUGGAACACUGAAUUUUUACAUAUUUACGAUGGCCUAUGUAUACUCGCCUUCUAGCUCUGCUGUCUUAAACUCAUCAUCGCAAAUAACAAAGGACAAUCCCUCAUUUUCAAUGGUCAAUGAUAGCGACGAUGAUGUUCUAUAUGGUUCAGACGAGGAAGACACAAAAGCACCUUUAAACAAGCACGCGUCAACAAAUCAUAACGACGACAGUGAUUAAAAAGCAAGUCGUUAUCAUGAAUUAAUAUUUAUUAAAUUAUACGAUUCCAUUUAAUCCUGAAAUUAUAUUCUAAUAACAAUUCAAUGCUUGAGAGCAUCAAAUAUAUCAUCA